UCCGGCGGUGCGUAUCGCGUGGUAAUUAUUAGUUGUCUUUGCGCCAGAAGGUGAAAGCGCAAAUUAUUCCGCCGUGUGUUAUCGGGAAGUUUUGUUGAUUGCUGACUCGCUGCUUUAUCACUUAACCAAAGAAAAACAGCAGUAUCGUGAAGCGCUUUGCUGUUCAGAAUGGGAAGAAUGGGAAACCCAGUGUCGGAUGACAGGGUCGAACUCGUCGAUGAUAAUGUUGGUAUAGGGUACCGCCUGCGUAAAUGUGGAAAGACUCGACUGGUGAUUAUAGCUGUUGUGGUGGCGGUUUUGGUUAUCGGUGGAAUUGUUGCAGCUGCUUACUUGCUUACGAGGCCACUCAUUUGCAAGACAGAGGAAUGUUACAAAAUCUCUAAAGUUAUCUCCAAUCAGAUCGACACAAGUAAAGAUCCAUGCGAUGAUUUUUAUGCAUACGCUUGUGGAGGAUUUAUCAAAACGCACCAGCUUAAGGGAAAUCAGAGUUCCGUAGGCGGCUUUACAAUCGUUAACGACGAUAACAUGAAAGUUUUACAACAAGCGAUGGUGAAUGCCACCACCAAAUACAACCAGAGCUCCUCCAUUUUGAAAACCGUCAAGAUUUAUAAUUCCUGCUUAAACACAUCUGCCAUUGAGAGUCGUGGAAAUUCGCCUUUAAAAAAAAUGAUAGAGGAUUAUGGUGGCUGGUCAGUGUCUGGAAAUGGAUUUAAUUCAUGGUCAGUGGAAGAAAAAAUGGGGCGAGUCUUGAGAGACUUGAACGUUCAGACACUGCUGCAGGUCACUGUAGGAACAGACUUAGAGGAUUCCAGUAAACAUAUUCUUAAUCUCAAUAUUGCCUCAUUAGGGAUGGGUUUUCAGUACUAUUUUGACCAGAAAGACAGCAGCGUAAAGGUCCGCACGGCGUACAAGACUUACAUGAAAACUAUUGCCAAGCUGCUUGGAGGAGGGCCUUCUUCAGAUUACAAGAUGGAUGCUAUAUAUGAUUUUGAGAGGAGCAUUGCUGAGUCAGUGGAUCCCGACACAGUGUCUGAAGAUAUAAUAGAAUCUCUUAUGGAGCAUCACAGAUCUGGGCGAUCCUUAGACGAAUUGGACAAGACAAUUGAAGACUUCUGGUUUGCCUCAGAUUUUGAUACAAUGUUCGUGACAACAUUUCUGGACGCGGCAUUUUAUAAGCAGGGAAAAUAUUUCAGUUUGAACGAUAAUAUCUAUUAUCCACAAGCAGAAGUUUAUACAAAAGUAUUCAAAGCGAUGGCAAAACAAUACCAUCAAACAGACAAACAAACCGUCAAGGAUUACAUCAUGUGGCGUGUGAUUGACAACUAUGUGAUGUCAAUGCCUGACAAGUUUGUGCAAGCGAAACUAAAAUACGCGCGAGCAGUGAGAGGACUGGUAGCAUACGAAAGAUGGUCUGAAUGUCUGGAAACCAUGAUAUCGCCAGUGGGCUUCACUUUAGGGCGUUUGUACGUCGACGCGAAUUUUGACGAAAGUACUAAAACAACGGUGAAGGACAUGACUACUCGUCUCCGCCAAAGUUUUAUUGAUAAUCUGGAUGACGCAGACUGGAUGGAUGACAGUACAAAACAAUCGGCUAAAGGAAAGGCGAAAGCAAUCCAAGAGGACAUCGGCUACCCCCCUUUCAUCAAAGACGACAAAAAACUCGACGAGCAGUACUCACUGCUGGAUGCAGGAGAUGAUUAUUUUGAAAACACCGUGUCAAUGAAGUAUAUGGUCGUACAAAAGAAUUUUGAUCUUCUUGGAAAACCAGUCGACAAGGACAUGUGGAUGCAAAGUCCUGCACAAGUAAAUGGAUAUUACAGUCCACAGCAAAACCGGAUAGUGUUUUUGGCUGGAAUUCUACAAUCUCCAUUUUACAGAAAGAAUUACCCAAAGUAUAUUGAUUACGGGUCAUUAGCAAUGGUCAUUGGACAUGAGAUCACCCAUGGAUUUGACAGCCAAGGGCGGCUUUAUGAUAAGAAUGGCAACGUGAAAAAUUGGUGGUCAUUGUCUUCGACUUACAGUUUUGAAAGCAAAGCCGAAUGUUUGGUGAAUCAGUACAACAACUAUGACGUGUUUGGGACAUAUAUAGAUGGUAAACAGACUUUGAAUGAGAACAUUGCUGACAAUGGUGGAAUAAAGCUUGCUUAUGAUGCAUAUGAGUCGUGGGUUAAAGACAAUAAAAAAGAAGGACAACUGCCUGACUUGGGUUUGAGUGUGGAUCAACUGUUUUUCAUAGGAUUUGCUACGCCUUGGUGUAGCGUAUACAAGAAAGAAGCAGCUCUUUUCCAAGUGGAGUCUGACGUACACUCGUUUCCAAAGUACAGGGUAAUUGGUCCACUAUCCAACUUCAAAACGUUUGCAGACGCUUACAGCUGCAAAAAAGGAAAGGAAAUGAACCCGAGACAGAAGUGCUCUGUGUGGUGAUCGGGUGAUAGCAGUUUAACCGGUUUAUUUUAUGUUUGAAAGCCGUUCUUAGAGUAAGUAGAAAAAUCUAAGCAAAAUGGUGCUACUUUUGCUUUUGAAAAAAACAGUAGUUUGUGCAGUUAAUAACUUGUUCAAUACUAACAUCAAGAGAGUAUGUAAAAAAUUAGAGCAGAACAUAUUUGUUUUCUUAACACCAAUAGUGUUUAGUGGAGCGAAUGUGUUGUAGAAGAAAUUUUAACGUGAUGUAAUCUUAUCGAUAGCUUCCAUGUUGCCCUAAAAGAGGCGAAUAAAAUUAAUUGUUAGUUAAUAGACUGU